AUGCAGCGCGCCAUCCCUCUCCGGGUCUCGAGCUCAUUCCUGCGCCGCUGCUUCUCCUCAUCCUGUCCGCGUCGUGAGAUUCGUGAUGUCAGCGCCUUACCAAGACGCCUACUUCCAAAGUACCAAGAAUCACAAGGCGAACUGCUUUCUCUCCUGUGGCCGGCACCUCCGCGGAACAUUCUUUUAGUCCGGAAGAAUUGCGCUCCAGCUGUUACCGAGUCUCUGCUUGAGUUUGCAAAUCAUAUCUCCUCUACCUACCCGUCCAUCGGAAUUAUUCUUGAGUCUAAAACUGCGGCUGAAGUUCACUCUUCGCUCUCAUUUCCGGUUUAUUCGACAUCCUUGGAAGAAAACCCAACUGCCUUUCAUGAUAAGGUAGACCUGACGGUCACACUAGGAGGCGAUGGCACUAUCCUACACGCCUCAUCUCUUUUCGCAACAUGCUCAAAUGUCCCGCCAGUCCUGUCAUUUAGCAUGGGCACUCUGGGUUUCUUGAGCGAAUGGAAGUUCUCCGAAUUCAAACGCGCAUUCCGUGAAGUGUACAUGUCAGGAGCUGGAGCCGGAGAUCGCACUCCCGUUCUCGAAGCUCCGCCGACUGAAAAGGAGAAGCCGGAGUCUCCUCUGGGUCCGACUGGAUGGUCAUCCGUCAGAGGAAAGUCCAUGGGCUGUACCCGUGGUGCCCCUAUCUUAAUGCGCAAUCGACUUAAGGUGGGGCUAUUUACCGCUGAUGGCCAGGAAACCACCGCCGUCAGAGGCAAAUCCGACCACGGCCAAGGCGUCUAUGUCAUGAACGAGCUGCUGAUUCACCGCGGCAAGGAGUCUCAUCUGGCCGUAGUAGAAAUAUUUGUGGGUGGUCGAUUCCUGACCGAGGCUGUGGUAGAUGGCAUCAUCAUCUCGACGCCGACGGGGAGUACCGCUUACAGCCUGAGCAGUGGGGGCAGUAUCGUGCACCCCCUCGUCCCAUCCAUCCUCCUCACUCCUAUCUGUGCCCGAAGUCUCAGUUUCAGGCCUCUAGUCCUACCCUUGAGCACGCCUAUAACACUUCGUUUGAGUGAGAAGAACCGCGGCCGCGAACUCGAAGUCAGUCUGGAUGGUGUCAACUUGGGCCAGGGCAUGGCCGUUGGCAUGGAGGCGCGAGUCUGGAAUGAAGAGAUGCGGCAUGGUAAAAACGAAUGGCAAGGUGGCGUGCCUAGUGUGAUGCGACGAAGUAUGGGCGGCGAGGCGCAUGAAGGAUGGGUUGGUGGCUUGAACGGGCUGCUGAAGUUUAACCAUCCUUUUGGCGAAUGA